GUUAUAGAUAUUUUUAAGCAGGUAUCCCCUUCACAGUCACAGCGGUGGAAGGUAAGAUAGCUUAGCAAAUGGCGUACUUGAGCGCCCGGCGCACCUUAGCAUCUACCCUCGCACGAGCUAUUUCUUCGUCAUCUGCAACAACUGCAAGCGCUUCUCGGUCUCGCUUCGCUUAUGCAUUGAUGUUGCUGACCACCAAACAAACCCUACCCGUCCCUGACUCGGUGAAGUUCCCGGUUCGGACCAAAUCAUCGGGUUCGGGUUACUCGCCCUUGAACGAUCCAUCCCCGAACUGGAGCAACCGUCCCCCGAAGGAGACGAUUCUUCUCGAUGGCUGUGACUACGAGCACUGGCUCAUCGUCAUGGAGUUCCCCGAUAACCCUAAACCCUCCGAUGACGAAAUGGUUAACACCUAUGUCAAAACCCUAGCCCAAGUCCUCGGAAGUGAGGAGGAGGCCAAAAAGAAGAUAUACUCUGUUUCCACUGCUACAUAUACAGGCUUCGGUGCUCUCAUUUCGGAAGAGCUUUCUUAUAAAGUCAAAGAGUUACCUGGAGUUCUUUGGGUACUGCCAGAUUCCUAUCUUGAUGUUCCCAACAAGGAUUAUGGAGGUGAUUUAUUUGUUGAUGGGAAAGUAAUACCCAGGCCACAGUAUAGAUAUUCUGAAAGGCAACCCAGUAGGAGUAGACCUCGGCCACGGCAUGACAGGCGGCGCGAAACAAUGCAUGUUGAAAGGAGAGACUCUAUUCAAAGACAGAACUUGAGCCAAGGUCAUGCAGGACCUACUCACCCAUCAUCAGCUCCAAUGAAUAGCCUAAACUCAGCUUCAGGUGGAGAGAACCAAUGAAUGUUUAAUAGGAACUCUGCUUGAGAAAUUAUCUCAUAUAGAUGACAGAACCAAAUUUUUCUAGUGGAGAAUUGUUAUUUAAGGCUGUGAGCUCAUAUUUUAGAUAUGUUUAUUUUGUAUGGAAAAUGCCUAUGCCUGCGCUUGAAGGGCAUUUGAUAAUAAUAUUUAGUAAUUAGUACCAUUAUGUUGUUGUGUAUGCUCUGCUGAUUGCUUCGAGUCAGAUCAAUUGCU